UUGCCUUUUUGAUGCUGUUGGCAGGUGUACAAUGGAGGGGGAGAAUCGAAACGCACUCACGACUAGGUGUGAGAUGAUUAUUCAAAUGGGCUGCGAGGAAAUUUGGAUUGGAGGUUGGUGUGGCGCGCACACAGCUAUAUCACAGUUCACCGCCAGCCAUCCACGUCACUUCAAGCCACUGUCAUCACAAGCCGCUUCGGAUCGCUUCUGGCGGCAGUUUACAGCAGCCAGCGCUUUUCAAAUAACCCUAUUUCGCAAUCCGACACAGGGGGGUGAUCCGGCGCCCGGGAUCUUUUUUUUCUCUCUCUCAGCAGGAACUUUUCUCUCUGUCUCUCUGCCUCCCGAUUGUUCGCAUGCAUUCUACCUCCAGCAUGCUAGGCGCAGUGAAAAUGGAAGGACACGAACACACGGACUGGAGCUCCUACUAUGCAGAGCCCGAGGGUUACCCCUCCGUGAGCAACAUGAACCCGGGGAUUGGAAUGAAUGGCAUGAACACUUACAUGAGUAUGUCUGCUAUGGGUACCACGGCCAACAUGACGGCGGGUUCCAUGAACAUGUCUUACGUGGGCACCGGUAUGAGCCCGGCCAUGACCGGCAUGUCUCCCGGUGCAGGAGCAAUGAACGGCAUGGGAGCCGGGAUGACGGCCCUUAGCCCCAGCAUGAGCCCCAUGAACGCUCAGGCCGGAUCUAUGAACGCUCUGACCUCCUACACCAACAUGAGCAUGAGCCCGAUGUACGGCCAGUCCAACCUCAACAGAUCAAGGGAUCCCAAGACCUACCGCCGCAGUUACACCCACGCGAAGCCUCCUUACUCUUACAUCUCCCUCAUAACCAUGGCCAUCCAGCAAUCUCCGAGCAAGAUGUUAACCCUGAGCGAAAUCUACCAAUGGAUCAUGGACCUCUUUCCUUUCUACCGCCAGAACCAGCAGCGCUGGCAGAACUCCAUCCGCCACUCUCUGUCCUUCAACGAUUGCUUCCUCAAAGUGCCCAGGUCUCCGGACAAGCCGGGGAAAGGCUCGUUCUGGACCCUGCACCCCGACUCUGGCAACAUGUUCGAGAACGGCUGCUACCUCCGGAGGCAGAAGCGCUUCAAGUGCGACAAGAAGCUAGCGGUAAAAGGGUCUCAGGACCCGAAUAGGAAAGGCUCGGAGGCGGGCUCCGCCGGCAGCGGUAACAGCAGCUCAGAGAGCAGCGCCGGGAACGAGUCCCCGCAUUCCAGCGGCUCCCCGGGAAGCGAGCAGAAGAGGUCCAUGGUGGACCUGAAGCCCACCUCUGGUCUCAGCCCGGAGCACACUCACGCCGUCAACGUGGUGUCUCAAGCCCAGCAACACUUGAUGCACCACCAGCACCACUCGGUCCUGUCUCACAUCCCCGCGGAAGCCCAGGGUCACCUUAAACCAGACCACCAUUACUCAUUCAACCACCCGUUCUCAAUCAACAACUUAAUGUCUUCCGAGCAACAGCACCACAAAAUGGACUUGAAGGCCUACGAACAGGUGAUGCACUAUUCCAAUUACAACUCCCCAAUGUCUACCAAUCUCCCAAUGAACCCCAAAACGGUCUUAGAGUCGACAGCCAUUGCGGGCGACCCGUCCUACUACCAAGGUGUGUAUUCCAGACCCAUCAUGAACUCCUCUUAAAAAACAAAACUUUCCACGCACAUAAAGACUUUGCAACUGUGUACAUUUUGUAAUAAUAAUUGAAAAAAAAAUUGUUGUUUGUGGCCAAGUAUUGGAAAAAAAUAUUUUUGAUGUUUUCAAACUGUUAAUUGUCAGGUUGUUUUUAGCGAUUUCGUUUUAGAGGGGGUGGGGUGGGUAUGGGAUGGAAGGGGGGCAGGCUAGAUGGUAUUGUGCUGCGAGCACCGUUUUAAAUGGGUUUUUCUUUUGUUAAACUACAGAGGGGUUCAGAAUAAGGCAACGUAUCCAUUAUAUUUCUGUGUACAGUUUAGAAUGCACCCUGUAAC